GUCGCCCCAACAGCCUCCGCCCGCGCACGCUCGACAUGCAGCGACUGCACGGACCUCCUGUGGCAUUUUUUGCCGCGAACAUGGAGGCUUGUUGCCUCCUGAGACAGACAGAACUUGAGAAACGAGACAGAAUUACUGUAAUCGUGAUGUAAUUAUGAUGUACUAUCGUAUAGUCCAUUGUAAGUCUUAGCCCACGACACAUCGUGACGAGUUAACCGAGAUGUUACAACUACGUCAUUACAUCGUGACAUACAAGGACUUACAUAGCAUGAAGUGAAUGUAAGUGAAGCUUGAUUAGAAAAUGGAGCUACGCAAACAUGCUCUCAUGGACAUAUGAGGAAGUCAUGACACUUGCAUGCCAAGGUGACGUUUGCAUCUUUUUGCCACAAACCCUUCAGGAGCUGUGAUGGCAGCUAAACAUUUGCAGCCGUGUCCAAACUUCAAAGCCUAGCGUUUUGCCAGAUUUCCUAUAUUUCUGAUGACUCGACUUUUCGUUGCAAUGAUGGUCAUGAUGGCCAGCGUGUCUGCGGUCCGCUUUGAGAAGGCAGAGGGACCAAGCAUGUGUGGCCGUAAACUCCGCGUGAAGGAAGUGGAGGAGGUCAAAAACAAGCACGGAUCCAUCUCCGGAUCUGGCACAAAGACCUUGACACAGUGGACUUCAAGUGUACUUUACGUUCACUACCAGUGCUAUGUGAAGGCUGGGCUGCUGAAACCCCAAUAUUUCGUUCGAUCACAUAGCUAUUCUGUGGGUUGCGAGAAGGCCUUAUUGACCAAAACGACCACAUACACGAAGCUCAAAUCGGACCUCAUCAAGGACUAUGGCAUUAAGAAAUGCAGGAACGAGGAAGACUAUGAGGAUCUGGAGGCCGACAGCACCGCGCCCAUUCCCGUGCUAGAUGGCAAAUCCCAAAAUCAAAUGGUCAACAAUAUGUUUGCAGCCAUGGACCGGGGCGAAUCGCCAUUCAAAGAAGAUGCCGGGGACGGGUUGCCAGUUGGAGCCGCCACUAAGAGAUUUCAGGGUGGUGCUGUAGUAACAGUGGAGGAGCACAGCGGAAAGAUUCACAAGCAUGUGAUGGGCGGGGUGAGAAAGUUCGGAUUCAGCGUCUUCAUCGUGAAGUGACCGUGCCCGCUUGAGUGCACGACUGCUUGACAGAUUGCGCAUGAGUUUAAAAAAGCUGGUCAAGGUUUCAGGUUUGUACCUGGUACCAGGGGUACCACUGUCCCCAACAGUGUAUUCUCAAGCUUUACAUUACAAGACAUGUGACAGCAUG